UGCUCUUGGACCAACUGAUGGAGCUGGCAGAAGAUGAACUGAAGAAUUUUCAUUGGCAUUUAGUGAAUUUUUAUCAAAAGUGCAUAUCAAAGUCUGAAUUGGAAAAUGCAGAUAGAUGUGACACAGUAGAUAAGAUGGUGAUGUGUUUUGGACCAGAUGAAGCUGUGAAGGUCAUGGUAGACGUCCUGAGAAAGAUAAACCAAAAUGAUCUGGCUGAACAGUUGCAGAAUGAACACAAGCAAGCUCAGACUGAGGACAAUAUGAAGACAUCUGUCCCUGUUAGAGAGCUGCAAAAUGUCUUGAAGACUCACAAAAACAACAUGAAGAUGAAGGCAAAAUACAUUUUUGAGGGCAACAAAGAAACUGACACAGAUCUGAAAGCUGUUUACACAGAUCUGUUCAUCACAGAGGGAGAUAUAAAAGAUGUAAAUCAGGAACAUGAGAUUCUGAAGAUUGAUGAUGCUUUCAAGAGCAAAAAAACACAGGACAAACCAAUCAAAUGCAAUGAUAUAUUUACUGAACUAAGGAAAAACAAUGAGUUAAAGAUUGUGUUGACCAAAGGAGUCGCUGGCAUUGGAAAAACUGUGUCUGUGCACAAGUUCAUCCUGGACUGGGCAGAAGGAGAAUCUAAUCAGGAUAUAGACUGUGUGUUCCUGCUUCCAUUCAGAGAGAUCAACGUGAUUAAAGAGAGAGAGGUCAGUCUCCAUGAGUUUCUGCUGAAAUUUAAUCCUGAAUUGAAGGACCUGGAGAAAUCAAAGUUAUAUACAGAAUAUAAACUUGUGUUUAUUUUUGAUGGACUUGAUGAGAGUCGACUGCCUUUGAAUUUUGAAAGUGAUACAAUGAACACUGUUGAGGAAAGAUCAUCUGUAGAUGUGCUGUUUACAAGUCUGGUCAAAGGUAAACUGCUUCCAUCAGCUCUUGUCUGGGUCACAUCACGACCAGCAGCAGCCAAUCAGAUUCCUCCUCAGUAUGUAGGUUUGUUCACAGAGGUGCAAGGAUUCACUGACCUACAGAAGGAGGAGUACUUCAGAAAGAGAUUCACAGAUGAGAGUCUGUCCUCCAGAAUCAUCUCACACAUUAAGACGUCUCGUAGUCUCUACAUCAUGUGCCACAUUCCUGUGUUCUGCUGGAUCACAGCCACAGUACUUCAGGAUAUUCUCACUGAGAAUAAUGAAGAGAACAUCAGCACAACACUCACUGAAAUGUACAUUCACUUCCUGAGGAUACAGAUGAACAUGAAGAGUCAGAAGUAUGAUGAACAACAAGAAGGAGAAUGUUCAGAGCAUUUACUUUUAAAUAGAAAGAUGAUUCUGAAGUUAGCCAAGCUAGCGUUUGAACAGCUGAAGCAGGAAAACAUUGUGUUCUAUGAGAAAGAUCUGAAAGCAUGUGGUAUUGAUGUGAGUAAAGAUGCUGAGUUCACAGGAAUGAUCGCUGAGAUCUUUAAGAGGGAAGUUGGACUUUAUAAGACAAAGGUCUUCUGCUUUGUGCAUCUGAGCAUUCAAGAGUUCCUCGCUGCAGUGCAUGUGUUCACCUGUUACCUGAAAAAAAACAAGCAAGAGCUUAAGUUUUUCUUUGAGAAUUCACAAACUACAGUCAUACAAAAUCUUACAUUUCCUUUUAGAAAGGUCAAAUGGCGUGACUUAACAGAGAGAGCCAUUGAAAAAGCAAUGCAAAGUAAGAGAGGGCAUCUGGACCUGUUCCUGCGGUUUCUGAUGGGCAUUUCACUGGAAUCCAGUCAAAAUCUGCUCAAAGGCCUGAUCACACACACUGAAGACACCACAGAGAGCAUCAGAAAUCUAAGUGCCCACAUUAAAGAAUUACAACAACAGGACAUCUCAGAUGAAGCUUCAGUCAACCUGUUCUACUGCUUACUUGAACUGAAAGAUCAUUCAUUAUAUGAGGAAAUCCAGAGUUACCUCAGUUCAGAUGAACAUCCAGGAAGAGAUCUCUCGUCUUCAAUGUGCACAGUGUUGACCUCAGUACUGCUGAUGUCAGAGAAAGUGCUGGAUGAGUUCAACCCAAAGAGGUUCACAUCAGAACAUUCAGACUACAAGAGACUCAUUCCAGCUGUGAGAUGCUGUAGAAAAGCUCUAUUUGAAAGCUGUGGUUUUGAUGAAACAUGCUGUGAAACUCUGUCUUCUGCUCUACAAACAUCAAACCAUCUGACAGAGCUGAACCUGAGUAACAAUGAUCUGCAGGAUUCAGGAGUGAAGCUGCUUUCUGAUGGACUGAAGAGUUCACACUGUCGUUUAAACAUACUGAGGCUGUGUGGGUGUCAUCUCACUGCUCUGUCCUGUGAAAGUUUAUCUUCAACUUUACAAUCCUCAAACUCUGUCCUGAGAGAGCUGCACCUGAGUAACAAUGACCUGCAGGAUUCAGGAGUGAAGCUUCUUUCUGAUGGACUCAAUAGUCCAGUCUCUAAACUGGAGAUACUAAGAUUUUCCACAUGUAAUCUCACUGCACAGUCUUGUGGGAGUUUGUCUUCAACUUUACAAUCCUCAAACUCUGUCCUGAAAGAGCUGGACCUGAGUAACAAUGAUCUGCAGGAUUCAGGAGUGAAGCUUCUUUCUGAUGGACUCAAUAGUCCAGUCUCUAAACUGGAGAUACUAAGAUUUUCCACAUGUAAUCUCACUGCACAGUCUUGUGGGAGUUUGUCUUCAACUUUACAAUCCUCAAACUCUGUCCUGAAAGAGCUGGACCUGAGUAACAAUGAUCUGCAGGAUUCAGGAGUGAAGCUUCUUUCUGAAGGACUGAAGAGUCCAAACUCUAGACUGAAGAUACUGAGGUUGUCUGGCUGCAUGGUGACAGAGGAAGGCUGUGGUUAUGUGUCUUCAGCUCUGACUUCAAACCCCUCACACCUGAGAGAGCUGGAUCUGAGCUACAAUCAUCCGGGAGAUUCAGGAGUGAAGCUGCUCUCUGAAAAA